AUGAGUCAACACAGCGAAGUCGAGCAACUCAGGGCUUUGCUCGAGAAGAGUGAGCGAGAGAAACUCGAGAUAAUACAGAAAAGCGAGCGAGAGAAACUCGAGUUAAUUCAGAAGCUCAACGAUGACCAAAGCCGGCCCAUGAAGCGCUCAAAAACCACACAUUCUUUCGGGUCCUCGACAACAGCGCCCAUGAUGCGGUCACGGUCGAGCGUCUCCCGCCCCGGUCCCAGUCAAAUCCCCUUCGCUGGAACGGCACCCAGCCCUAUCACUCUCCCCGUCACGCAGAACGGCAUGGCAGUUCCCAAUCCGGGGACUCCUGGCGACUUACUUCACCAGAGCCAGUUGCCAUAUGCCACCGUACCAGAAGGCCCCGUCUUGACCGGGCCAUCUCAACAUGGCGAGCUCGGGCGCGAAAUUCCAUUUGACGAGUUCUUGACCAUGGCUGACGAGGACUUGUUCCCGACCAUCUCGCCUGUCAGCAUCCCCAACUCAUCUUCACUACCCUCGCACGGGACAGGACAGUACCCGAUGUCAAGCCUCCCUUCAGUCUGUGGGUCGCUGAGCUCGGGGCCGACUUUGGAGACCGCUCCCAUGUCAAGGUGCAACAGCUCCGUGAACGACAGCGCCUCCAUCGCGGGCCAGUUCAGCGAGAUGGUCCGGAUACAGUCACAACAGUCCGCUCGCAGCCACGUUCGGCCAGAGAGCUUCCACCUCAGCCCCAACGUCGCACAGCCGACGCUCCUGGGGAAGCGUCCGUCCGAUGCAUCAAACGUCAUGGCGAUGCAGGCCGGCUCAUUUCCGCCCACCUACACAUCACCUGCCGCAGUCGACGCCGCACAGCUGUCUCAACAUCAGCACCCGAUGGAGCCCUCCUUCUCGCAGUCGAGCAUUCGGUCUGCCUCCUCUGCUGGCUCUGGCAUCUCGCCCCACGACCUCAGCGGCCCUCACCUGAACAAGCACCUCACAAUGGAGCGAUCAGUGUCCAAGGACAGCGUCAAGUCGAACUCCUCCUGGAAACUACGCGCCAAGGAAGCCCUCGCUCGACAGAACCAUGCCGCCAAAUCUCGGCAUCUCCAGCCGAAGCCGGCCGCGGGCUCAGCCAAACCCGAAGCCGAUGCCGCCGCCGCCGGCUCGACGAAAGAUGGAAAGGCCGUCAUCGCCAAGACCAAGUACGAGCGGCCCAAGCACCCCAAGGUCAUGUGCAACCAGUGCAACGACCAUCCGGAGGGCUUCCGCGGCGAGCACGAGCUGCGGCGGCACACCGAGGCCAAGCACAAGAGCAUGGUCAAGAAGUGGAUCUGCCGCGACCCGGACCUGUACGGGAUCGCGCACUCCGAGACCCCCGUCAAGCCGCUGCGGGACUGCAAGCAGUGCUCGCAGAACAAGCAGUACGGCGCCUACUACAACGCCGCCGCGCACCUCCGGCGCACGCACUUCAAGGUCAAGCCGCGGAAAGGCGCGGCCGGCUCCCGGGACGGCGCGGGCGGGGGCGGGGGAGAGGAGCGGGAGAAGCGCGGCGGCAAGGGCGGCGGCGACUGGCCGUCCAUGAACGAGCUGAAGCUCUGGAUGGUCGAGGUGACGGUGCCCAUGGACCAGGCGGGCGCGCUGGUGCCGGACGGCACCGAGUCCGUCGGCGGCGUGGAAGCCGACGACUUCGACAACGAGUUCGCCGACUCCCAGUACAGCUCGCAAGCUGCUGGGGCUGCUGCUGCCCCGAUGGCCAUGGGUGCGGACGGCUUCGACGUCGCUGCCUUCGCCGGCGUCGGAGGCGGGUUCGGCCCCGUCGUCGACCCCACCGGCGCCUCGUUCCAGGGAGACCUGGACUCGCAGCUGUCGGAGCUGUACGGCAGCAGCGGCGGCGGGUCGUUCGGCGCCGCCGCCACCACGGACCCGAUGUCCCUGCCAGGACUCCUCCCCGCCUCGUCUGCCGCGUUUGGCUACCGCAACAACCCCGACUUCAGCAGCAGCAUGCAGCAGGGCACUCCCUCCUCCUCGCUGCUGGGCUUUGACGGCCAUGCAUACACCUCGCCCGUCUCGUCCACCGCGACGAUUACGCAACCGGCCAUGUUCGGCGACCAGCUGCUUGCCCCUGCCGCCAUGCAGGUUCCGCGCGAUGACCUGCCUGAUUUGCCGUUUGAGCUCACCUUCUCCACGGCUGGUCAGUAGAGGUGCUGACGGUUGCUUUUUGGUGCGUCUCGCUUGGCCAAUGGGCUAGGGGGCUCGGCCUGCUCUGUUGGAUAUAUUAUCUCCUGGCUUGCGCGGUUUAUCUCGGCUUCUUUUCUUUCCUUUGCCUGGUCAGGAAGAGCUCGGCGCACCCGGCAUCCGGCUCGCUUUGUCUGUUUCUUUCUCUCGUUCCAGCUCCUCCUCCCUUAUCCGCGUCACGAUCUCCUUGCAAGCUGUUCGUCCCCUGCUUCGCUUUUCAUGUUUUCAUGACUACGAAUUUCUCUUAUUUCCUGCUAUUCUAUAUGCUCUUGUUUCCUACUAUUCUUUAUGAUGGUUCAUCGACACCGUCGGCCCCAGUCACUGUUGCCGCUCGUGCGGCAUGCAUGAUUCAGUUGAUGGGGAUACGUUUUCGCAACAAGCGAAACUGCUCAUGCGCCACCAGGUGCAGACAUGCACCACGUUGAUGCUGGCUCGACUUUUCUUUCGUCGACUAAGCAUCUAUUUCGACCUUCCUUUUCAGGCAAGGGGAAUGCCCCGGUGGCUGGUGUGUGUUUCUUUCUCUUUGAGGUUUUUGGCUUCUUCUGUACGCCUUUUUAUUACUUAUGCCCUUUAUCUGAUUUGUGCCUCAGCGAGGCGUUGGACGGGCAAAAGUGUCGGUUUGGCUGGGCGUUCUUGGAAGACUUGGGGGCUUCAGAGAACUCACGACGUUAUGAGGCUGGAUAUCAUGACAUGAUUGCAUUGCAUACACGGGCUGGCUGGAUACUGCCUACCUAAUAUGUAUAGCGGCAGGAGUUUUGUUUCGAAUCGUCCGCUGCGAUUCGAGCUUGGGCACGGGAUAUUGGAUUCCAAGUUGUAUAUAAUUAGUUUUUUUACAACUACAAGGGAGUAGAAACAAGCUACAGUGGCCCC